AUGGUUUUUGUUGAAUACAUAACUCGUAAUGAAAAAAACAUAGAUAAUAUAUUACAAUUGAAACAAAGAAAUGGGACUCGAUUUAUUGAAGGAAAUAAGUCUGCUGCAAUAACCAUUCAACGACAUUACAGAGGUUAUUACACAAGACUGUAUUUUUCAAAGUUAAAUGCUGCAGCUAAAAUGAUUCAAAAACAUUGGAAGGGAUACAUUACUAGAAGGUAUUUCAAUAUUAUAUCAAUAAAAAUGUUUGUAUUUAAGUCCAUUGAAUAUUAUAAUGAAGCAGCUACGAUUAUUCAAAAAUAUUUUAAAGGCUAUUAUGUCAGAAAACAUUAUUUGGAUGUAAAAAAAAAUACCAAGUGGAUUAAGGAGAUUCAAAAACAAAAUGAUGCUUGGUCUAAUAUCAUGAAUGAUUAUAAUCAAAAUAUUUGUACUAAGUUGGAAAUUAUACACAAAGAAAGAGUAAAAUGUUUGAUAAUUGAUAUGGUGUAUAAACAUCAUCCAAUGUUAAGGACCAUAAUAAGAAAAGGAGUGUUCAGUGGAAAAGGAAACAGUGAUUCAGAAUUUGAAAAACUUGUUAGAUAUAUAUAUGAUCAAAUAAAUAAGAAGAAACUUAAGAUUUAAUACCAAAAU